UCUAAAACGGGAAUGGUUAAAUAUUUUCGGUGAUACAAUAUCAUCGAGAUAGUUGGGAACUUAUCAUUGCACUAAAUCGUAAGCGAUAUGCAUUAGUUUAUCAGAGGGACACGCGUAUACGGGAGCUUACCGCGUUUGAGUGAGAAAGUUGUUGCAAAACUUCAAAGAUGGCGUCGUUUGUUGUAUUUUCUUAAAGGAAGGGAGGAUAUUUUCACCCGAGACCAUCUUGCAAUAGAUACAGAUAAAAAUCACACAAUAAUCACGAUGACAGGCCAGCUCAGAGAUUCAGACAAGACACAACUAGAACAGUGGAUUGGUCAAGGACCAAGGCAUUUUACCCUUCUGUACAGAGCGACCAUGGAUGGCUGUGCAAAUCUCAAGUUCCGCGAGAAAUGCGACUACCAGGGCCCCACAGUCACCGUGGUGUACAAUGAGCAUGGAUCCGUGUUCGGUCGCUAUACGUCCGCAAGCUGGGCAGCUAACAUUGGGCAUACACGAGAUGACAAGGCCUUCUUGUUCCAACUGAAGUUCUCCGAUAAAGAUACAUUUCGAAAAUUUCCCGUUUCGAAUGCCACAUACAGCAUUUAUUCACAUUCAAGUUAUGGACCCUUUUUUGGUGGGACUAGCGGGAAUGAUAUGCAACUAUUCUCCGAUACUAUCAUGAGCAGCGGCGGGUUUUUUUUUCAGCUGAACGGCGGUUUUUCCUUUGGUACCAACUACACUAUGACUGGGAUAUCAAACUGGAACGAUAUACACAACGGGAGCCUGAAAGUUAAAGAACUUGAAGUAUACAGUGUAGCAGUAAAGCACAUUGAACCGGUAACUUCUGAGCCAACGUUACAACAAUGGAGGAAAAUGCCAGAAUGGAAUAGCAAGUUCAAUGCUGAGAAAGCCAUUUCAAUUGACGACCCAUUGUUUGUGAUGAAGCCAACUAUUAAAGACAAGCCACACUGUGUGGUGUUUGUUUUGGAUACCACUACAGUUCAAAAGUUAGAUUCGCAAAUCCUGGAGAAAAUAAAGAGCUUUCGAAAAGUUGCGAAGCGGAAACAAAUCCCUCAGGCAGUUCUUUUGACAAAGAUUGACCUUCAAGACAAGGAUGUAGGGCAGAAGCUAGAAAAAGUUUUUUUAAGCUCUGUAAUCGAGAAAACGGUUCAGGAAGUGUCCAGCAUGCUCGGCUUUCAAAAAAAACACGUGUUUCCGGUCAAAAAUACGAAGAUGAGAUGAUGUUGGAUGAUGGAGUGAAUAUACUAGCACUCAUGGCGUUGCAGCAGAUCCUUUACUCCUCUGAGGAUUACAUUGAAAAUGAGCGGUUAGAGUGGUUUGAAAGCCCUGACAAAGAGGAGAGGGUGAACGUCGAAGCGGGAUCGGAAUCUGCAUAAGGGUAUUCCUGUUAAUGCAUUUGAUACGCGUUAUUUGAAAUUCCGUUAAAUAUAUUUAUAAAUACAAACAUAUUUUUAAGAUAUAGUUUAAUCGUUCACUACUCGUUGCAAAUGAUAUUCUGUAUCAAACAUAUGCAUAUUCACACAUAUUUUCAUCGCAUAUUUAUUGCAAAUUUAUAUAGGGAAGCGAUAAAUUUGGAAUGUAUGUUUCAUAUUAAUAUAUUUAUAUCAUGUGCAUCCAAUAGGAAUCACCAGAGUAGCCAGAUUGAUUUGAGAUUAUGAUGUCAUUCAACGUACGUCAGAUAGACAAUACACAAUUGAUAUAUCGAACUAUAUGUGUUAGUUGUUUUGUCUUAUGUGCUUAUUACAUUAGCAAUGUUGUUUUUGGCAAUUGUUUUGUCUUAUGUGCUUAUUACAUUAGCUAUGUUGUUUUUUGCAAGUAACAUAUACAAAAAACUAUUUUUGUUGCAUUAAAAGGUCCCCCUCGCUGACGCAACUGGUGUGUCAAUGUGUUUAUCUUUAAUCGUAUGUCUUGGUAGCUUACAUGUUAAAGACAUUUCGUAUCCUGUGCAUUUUUCACAUUUUUAUUCAUGAUUGGUAUUGUGAAUAUUAGUCAUUAAAAAUGUAUUCGAAGAAAGUAUCAUUGUAAGCAGGUAGUGCACAAAAUAAUUGCUAUUAUAUACCAUACAGUAUACAUGUAUAACGCAUUAUCAGGUUUCGCUUGUAAUAUGUAAUACAAAUUGUGUGUAAUCAACAUUGUUUAUAUUAUUAUUAUUGCGUGAAAGAGCAUCGUACAGUUUACUAUGUUAUAUUUACUUUUUUUUCGUCCUUACUCCUGCAGUAGUUAUUCUGGUGCUCGGGUGCUUAUUAAACCAAUAAAUAAUUAAUUGCAAUAAAUUCGCAUUCAAAAUUUAUUGUAUUGCUUUUGAUUUUGAAUAAAAGCAUUAUAAUCCA